AUGGAUGCUCAGGAAUCACCGUGUGGCUCCAGUGUCUCGAUGGUGUUCCUGUACCUAGAGGAUCUGAUGCAGCUUGCCUUAGUGGUGUUUCUGGAGGACAUGGCUGCUCACGUGGGAGCAUCCCGAACGCCUCAGGAGGUGAUGGAACACUAUGUGAGCAUGUAUAUCCACGGCAACCUGGGAAAAGCCUGCAUCCCUGACACUAUUCCGAACAGAGUAACAGAUCACACGUGUCCCAGCGGCGGCCCGCUUUCUCCUAGCUUGACCACGCCGCUCCCACCGUUGGAUAUAUCGGUGGCUGAGCAGCAGCAGUUGGGAUACAUGCCGCUUCGGGAUGACUAUGAGAUCGAAUAUGACCAAGAUGCGGAGACUCUGAUCAGUGGCCUUUCGGUGAACUAUGAUGAUGAUGAUGUGGAAAUAGAGUUAAAAAGAGCUCACGUAGACAUGUACGUAAGGAAACUCAAGGAGAGGCAACGGCGGAAGAACAUUGCACGAGACUAUAACUUGGUACCGGCCUUUCUGGGGAAGGAUAAAAAGGACAAGGAGAAGGCUCCCAAACGAAAGAUCACGAAAGAAGAGAAGGAGUUGAGGCUGAAACUGAGGCCUCUGUACCAGUUCAUGUCUUGUAAGGAGUUUGAAGACUUCUUUGAGAACAUGCACAAGGAGAGGAUACUUCGAGCAAAGAUUCGGGAGCUGCAGCGGUAUCGUCGAAAUGGAAUCACCAAAAUGGAAGAGUCAGCAGAAUACGAGGCAGCCAGGCAUAAACGGGAAAAGAGGAAGGAGAACAAAAACAUAGCUAGUUCCAAGAGAGGGAAGGAAGAUGGUAAAGAAGGUGAAUUUGCUGCCAUUGAAAACCUGCCUGGCUUUGAACUCCUAUCGGACAGGGAAAAAGUGCUCUGCAGCUCUCUAAAUUUGAGUCCUGCACGUUAUGUGACUGUAAAAACUAUAAUUAUUAAAGACCAUCUCCAAAAAAGACAGGGAAUUCCUUCAAAGAGUCGCCUUCCCAGUUACUUAGAUAAGGUACUGAAGAAAAGGAUUUUAAACUUUCUAACAGAAAGUGGUUGGAUAUCCAGGGAUGCUUCAUGA